CAAGGAAAAAAUUCCCCUUCUGCUUUCUUCCGUACUGUUUUCAUAUACCGCUCCCCUAACCAACUUAGUAACGAAACGGCCUCACCUAGUACCAUAGACCCGUCUUGGGUAGACACAACACGUUUUGGUAUUUUCAAAUACUGUUCGUUCUCUGUGAUCCGAUCAAUGAAACUAUUUUUACACCGAAAUGAUCAAUAUUCACGAAACAGUUGCAAAAUAUGCGUCGAUCAACACAUGUCUGCCUCCUGCUCCCUUGUCGUAUAUCAGAAUUCAAAAUAGAGAUGAAAAAAUCGUGUUCAAUCCCGAUCAACAUUUACAAUCAACGUGCGAUCAACCGUUCGGAGCAACAAGCGUAUUUGAAUGUCUUGUAACCAAUUAUAAAAUUAUCGCUCAAGGCGAAGACAUCAAAACUGUGUAUGAUUUUACGCUUACCACGGAAACCGUGAUCAACCACAAAUUUUACCCGGGCGAUACAGUGGGAAUUUUAACUGAAAAUCGAGGAAAAGACGUGGAUUAUAUUAUACAACACUUAGAUUUGGAAACAGUUUGUCAUCAGGUGUAUAAAGUAGAUAUUGACCCUUCGUCAAAAAAGAAAGCUCCGAAGAUUCCAUCUCACGUUCCACAGCUGGUAGAAUUGCGGAAACUAUUCUCAGAAUGUCUCGACAUAAACGCUAUCCCAAAGAAGCUUUUCCUCAGAACUCUUGUAGAUUACACAAGCGACGCCGAAGAGAACCGUUUCCUUUCAUUACUGUGCAAUAAGAACAGUACAGCAUUUGACUAUGUUAUAUUGAAACAAAGAAUCGGAUUCCUAUUAUUGCUUAAGAGUCUCCCAUCCUGUAAACCUCCUGUUCAUGUUUUGUUAGAACAUCUGCCUAGGUUGAUGCCAAGGCCAUACUCUAUUGUUAACUGCUAUGAUGAAAAUGGAUCUAAUAUGAGCAUAAGGAUCAUUUUUUCAUAUGAGGACCAAUCCCCUGGACUGACGACAUCAUUGCUCAAGAAUUGCGGUGAGAACGGUGGAAAACUUUUCCUAUACUUUAGGAAAUCUAAUAGUUUUGCUUAUACUGACGACGAUUGUGACAAAGACAUUGUUCUUAUCGGAGUUGGCACAGGAAUUGCUCCCUAUUUGGCAUUUUUAGAAAGACGGCGGGAGCUUAUCGAGCAAUGUCGAAAUUUAGCAGGAAAGGCUUGGCUUUUCGCUGGAUUCCGGUAUGAAAAGCACAACUAUCUAUGUCGAGAAGAACUCGAUCAGUAUUUAAAAAAUGGGGCAUUGAACAAUGUAUCAGUGGCAUUUUCGCGAGAUGAAAACAGUUCCUAUCCGUAUGUGCAGAAUCAAAUUGAAGCCAACAAGGAAGAAUUCGUUGAAAUGCUCAUGAGUGCAAACAGCAAACUGUUCGCUUGCGGAAAUGGAACCGUUAUGCUGCCUCAAAUAAGGAGUAAAAUUGUGCAAAUCUUGAGCGAGGUUCUUUGUAUAGAUGACGAAGAAUCCAACGAAUUAGUGGACGAAAUGAGGAAAAAUAGCAAAUACGUGGAAGAUGUUUGGCUUUGACAAAAAAAAAAUAAAUCAUAACGCGUCAUCUCUGAGAUCAGGAAAAACGGCUAAUUUAGAUAUUGAACGAAAAGAACAUCCCGCAAAUAGAAAUUUUCGUUAGCAACAAGAAUGUUCAG